UUGUUAUUUUCAUUUACAGAGAAAGCGAGGUGAAGAUGUUGGGUGUGUUCAGUGGAGAGAUGGUGGAGGCACCGCCGGAGUUGGUGGCUGCAGGGAGCAGAACUCCGUCGCCUAAAACAAGGGCGUCAGAGCUCGUUAACCGGUUCCAGCGUAACUAUGAGCCUGCAGUGUGCCUGCAGAUCGGCUCCUUUGCUCACCUUGCCUACUCUCAUGCCAAUCAGUCCCCCUUUUGUCCCAGAUCGUUUGCAACCAAGGAUGACAUAUUCUGCAUAUUCGAAGGGGUGCUCGAUAACCUUGGCCAUCUUAGGCAACACUAUGGCUUAUCCAAGGGAGCAAAUGAGGUAAUGCUGAUAAUAGAGGCUUAUAAGACACUACGAGAUAGAGCUCCACAUCCGGCCAACUUCAUGCUUGGCCAACUUGAUGGCAAUUUCUCUUUUGUGAUCUUCGACAAAGCCACUUCAACUUUAUUCGUAUCUUCUGAUCAAAAUGGCAAGGUUCCUUUGUAUUGGGGAAUAACUGCAGAUGGAUGCAUAGCCUUCUGCAAUGAUGUUGAUCUGCUUAAAGGCUCAUGUGGCAAAUCACUCGCACCAUUUCCUCAAGGGUGUUUUUAUUCAAAUAAUCUUGGAGGGUUGAAAAGUUAUGAGAAGCCAAAGAAUAAAGUGACGGCGGUCUUAGCAUCUGAUGAAGAGCUGUGUGGUGCCACUUUCCAGGUGGAAGAAAAUGCAGUUGCUAUGGAUACAUAUUAAAAGCUUAAUUGUAUCUUUAAUGUCCAGACACACUACUCCAGAGUCAUUAUGUAAAUUAUAGGGAUACACAGGGUGCUGGCUGAGCUUGAUGCAUCUAUGAAAAUAGGUUGGAGCAUAAAUGUAUAAUCAAAUAAGUAUAGAUAUGUAGGCUUUCUUGAUUUAUUGUUUUAUGUAAUGUAAAGUUUGUCUAACAGCAAUCAAUGCAUAAAGCAGAACGAUGUAGCUUCUAGUCAAACAAAUAAAGUUGUGUGUGUGUACGCGUG